AUGAACUUGGUGUCAUGGGAGAACCUUCACGAGGUGCGCCGGUUGUGCCACUGGGGUCCGAUCAUCGCCUUGUCUGUCAUCGCCGUGUGUUCCUCUAUGGCUAUGAUAGAUUCCAUCAUCUGGUACUGGCCUCUGGACACAACCGGCGGAAGCAUAAACUUCAUAAUGCUCCUCAAUUGGACUGUCCUUAUCCUCUACAACUACUUCAAUGCUAUGUUCAUCGGGCCGGGGUACAUUCCCCUCGCUUGGAAGCCUGAGAAUCAAGAGGACACCCAAUACUUGCAGUAUUGUAGAGCGUGUCAAGCUUUCAAGGCCCCAAGGUCCCACCACUGCCGCAAAUGUAACAGGUGCGUAAUGAAGAUGGACCACCACUGCCCCUGGAUCAACAACUGCUGUGGCCACCAGAACCACGCAUACUUCACCAGCUUCCUGCUGCUGGCCCCAUUAGGGUGCUCGCACGCUACAGCCAUCUUUAUCAUGACCAUGUACACACAGCUGUAUGAGAGGAUCUCAUUUGGCUGGAGCACAGUGAAGAUUGACAUGAGCGCCAUGCGCCAGAGGCAGCCCCUCAUACCCUUCAGCGUCGCCGCCUUCGCCGCCACCCUCUUCGCCUUGGGCUUGGCGCUCGGGACCACCAUCGCUGUGGGCAUGCUCUUUGUAAUACAGAUGAAAGUCAUCAUUCGAAACAAAACCUCAAUAGAGUCCUGGAUCGAGGAAAAGGCCAAAGACAGAAUACAGCACUACCAAACCGGGGAGGAGUUCAUCUUCCCAUACGACCUCGGUAGCCGUUGGCUCAACUUCAAAGAGGUCUUCACGUGGUCAGGUUUGCCCAAAGGAGACGGCCUCUGGUGGCCCGUCCACCCCAAGUGUCACCAGCACACCUUAACGAUCGAGCAACUGAAGCAGAAGGCCGACAAACGCGUGAGAAGUCAGGUCCAGUACCGUGCAGUUGAGGACUACAAUGGCGCUUGCUGCCCCAUGACCAAGGGCAUCCAAACCUUUUUCCGAACCCCUUGCACAGAAGAGCCCAGAAUACCCCUACAGCGUGGGGACACCAUUCUCGCCACCCGUGGCACCAAAUGGUGGAUGUAUGGAGACAAAGUCUUAAACGAGGAGCAAACAAGAGUGGGGACUCGCAUUCGUGGAUGGUUUCCGCGGCGAUGCGUGGAAAAGUGCCAUUAUGACACCGCGGUCGUCGACGGUGCCGGCGAUAAAAAAGCCAACUAG